GUCAGAAUGGAACUGUGAAAUUAGCUCAUGCUAAACUGAAGCCAAAACAACUGGAUCCUUGCUUGGUUGCAAGUCCCAGAAUACCUUUCACGAGCACAAACCUGUCACGUUCAUACACGCUCAGUGUGGCAGCAGGAACCUGCUUUUCAUAGGUUCUUCUAGCUAAGUUAACCAAGGUGGAGCAAAAGGCCCCACCCCCAGAGAUGAAGCUACUGGAUUGGAUUUUGAGUUCAGUCUUGGGGUGGGGCUGGAAUUCACCUUUGUACUCCAGGCAGGCCUGGGUUGGUGGUGCCUGGCUGGGUGUGUCCAGAACUGGCUGCCAUACUGACGCGUCUCAGAGCUGCUGGCAGGUUCUAUGGACAGCCACCAUGGCCUCUGGGCUGGCAGAAGAGUCUGAACCAAGUCUUGGGGAGUCUGAACUGGCUGUGAACCCCUUUGAUGGGCUUCCCUUCUCUUCUUGCUACUAUGAGCUACUUGAGCAGCGAAGAGCCUUGCCCAUCUGGGCUGCUCGAUUCCUGUUCUUGGAGCAUUUGGAGAAUAGCCCCACUGGAGUGGUGCUGGUAUCUGGGGAGCCCGGCUCUGGCAAGAGCACCCAGAUUCCUCAAUGGUGUGCAGAGUUUGCACUGGCCAGGGGAUUCCAGACAGGCCAGGUUAUAGUCACUCAGCCCUACCCUCUAGCAGCCGUGAGCCUGGCUUCAAGGGUGGCUGAUGAGAUGGACCUGACCCUGGGUCAUGAGAUCGGAUACAGCAUCCCACAGGAGGACUGCACUGGGCCCAACACCAUGCUCAGGUUCUGCUGGGACAGGCUACUUUUACAGGAAGUAGCCUCAACCCGAGGCCCUGGAGCCUGGAGUGUGCUGAUACUGGAUGAGGCUCAGGAGCGGUCAGUGGCCUCAGAUUUACUGCAGGGGCUCUUGCGAGACACCAGACUGAGAGACCUCCCAGGGGAUCCCAGAGUGAUUGUGGUUACUGACCCAGCCCUUGAACCCAAACUCCAAGCUUUCUGGGGCAAUUCUCCUAUUGUGCGUGUACCCAGAGAGGCUGGUGAAAAUCCCACCCUUACCUACAAGGACACUGUCCCUACUGACCUAGUGGAAGCUGCCUGCCAAGCUGUGCUUGAGCUGUAUCGACAGGAAGAGGCUCCAGGAGAUGUGCUGGUGUACCUGCCCAGUGAGGAGGAAAUUUCCCUAUGCUGCGAAACCUUGUCCAGGGAGUUGGGGGUGCUGGCUGUCCCGGGGCCUCCACCACGGAUACUGCCCCUUCACCCAGGCUGUGGUCAAGCUGUCCAGGCUGUGUAUGAGGACACAGGCAGGAGUGUCCAGAAGAUCGUGGUCACUCACUGGCUGGCAGACUUCUCCUUCUCUCUCCCUUCCAUCCAGCAUGUCAUUGACUCAGGACGGGAACUUCGCAGUGUUUAUAAUCCUCGGAUCCGGGCAGAAUCCCAGGUGUUGAGACCAAUUAGCAAGUGUCAGGCAGAGGCAAGACUACUUCGGGCCAGGGGAUCCCCACCAGGUAAGAGCCUUUGUCCUCACACAAAACAAAAACUCCAUACAAGCCCCAAGAAUCUACUUCCGCAGGCCUCUCUCCUCUCAGGAUCCUGCCUCCGCCUGUACUCUAAGUCCAACCUAGAACUAGAGGCUCCCCCGCUUCCCUACCCCAAAGUGUAUGAAGAGAAUCUGAGCUCCCUGGUGUUGCUACUAAUGAGGAAACAGAUUGCAGAACCAGGGGAAUGCCACUUCCUGGACCGGCCUGCUCCAGAAGCACUGAUGCAGGCCUUGGAAGACUUAGACUAUCUGGCUGCUUUGGAUGACAAUGGGGACCUGUCGGACCUGGGAAUCAUCUUGUCAGAAUUUCCCCUGCCCCCUGAGCUGGCCAAAGCCCUGCUGGCCUCAUGCGAGUUUAACUGUGUGGAUGAAAUGCUCACUCUCGCUGCCAUGCUCACUGCUGCUCCUGGGUUUUCCCGGCCUCCACAGUGUGCGGAAGAGGCUGCCUUGCGUCGGGCCCUGGAACACGCAGAUGGCGAUCACAGCUCUCUGAUUCAGGUCUAUGAAGCCUUUGCACAAAGUGGAGCAGAUGAGGCUUGGUGCCAGGCUCGGGGUCUAAACUGGGCAGCGCUGUGCAGGGCCCGGCAACUCCGGGCAGAGCUCCUGGAACUCAUGCAGCGGAUUGAGCUCCCCCUGACCCAGCCAGCCUUUGGCUCCCAGCAGAACCGCAGAGACCUUCAGAGAGCUCUACUGUCGGGAUUCUUCCUCAAGGUGGCCCGAGACACGGACGGGACUGGAAAUUACCUGCUUCUCACCCAUAAACACGUAGCCCAGCUGUCUUCAGACUGCUGCUACCGAAGCCGCAGGGCGCCAGCGCGGCCGCCUGCGUGGGUCCUCUACCACAGCUUCUCCAUAGCCAAACACAACUGCCUUUGCGUUGUCUCUGAGAUUCAACCUGAGAUCAGGCUGGUGGAGCUGGCCCCUCCCUACUUCCUGAGUAACUUGCCCCCUAGUGAGAGCAGAGACCUUCUGAACCAGCUGAGAGAAGGAGCCGCAGAGGCAGAGCCUGGGGCAGAGCCUGAAGCACCCUCUCCUCAGGAGUAUGGAGACAGCUGUGUUAUGCAGUGAGCUGCCUAUGGACAGAGUCAACCCCACCACAUAGCCCCAGGGUAGUCAGCCCGGCUAGAAACCCAGCGUGGGGUCAAGUAUACUCCUGGAACCUAGGAGCCAAGAAAUGGUGGGAGGGGAGGAAAGGGGAGCCAUAGUCUGGAACUAGGCAGACCUUUCUUUUUCUAUCUAUGGGCAAGGGAGCAAACGUUGGGCCCCACACAACUUUGCACUCUCCUCGGGACAAUAAAAGCCUUUUCUGGGA